AAAAAAAUGGUGGUUAAAGUCAGCUAUGCAAAAUGCAGGUAAACCUAGUGGACAUGCACAACUUAUCCUAGGAAGACUUACAAAUGAUUCCGAACAAUAAUUAAAAUGGUAUCAGAAAGCUGCUGAUAAUGAUGUAAAAAUGGCACAAAAGGAGCUUGCGCUAAUGUAUCGUAUUGGAAAUUGUGGUCUUAAGAAGGAAGUGGUCGAGUUAUAUAACGCAGCUGCUAAAGAUACAAAGCACUAUGCUUAUAUUGAAAAAGGAAAUUGUUGUUCACAGUAUAAUUUGGGAGAAUGCUGUGAGUUAGGAUUAUUGAAAGUAAAUAAAAAUCCUAAAAAAGCACUUAAAUGGUAUAAAGAAGCUGCAAAACAAGGAGAUAUACUAGCGCUUAUGAGAUUAGGAAUCAUACAAGAAAAUAAUCUAACUUUGACGAAUAUUCAGAAAAAGCUAAAAGGAAUACACACACUUCCAACGUCAGAAGAAUUGGAAGAGGUAGACAUAUUAAUAUAUUUAUAUGUUUACAGUCCUUCAACUAUAUUUUGUUCUUUCAAAAAAAUAACCGAUGAAUUAAAUGACUAAUGAAAUUCGUGGAUAUGCGUAUUUUGAUCGACACAAAUUUGUUGCCGCAACGUUGCAACCAGUUAAAACAUCAACCUACUUCGUA